UACCUGUUCCUCGCCCUACCCUUUCCCUCUAUCUUUCUCUCUCCCACCCUCUCUGUGCCAUUCUUUGGGCUUAUCCUUUCAUCCCUGAUCUCCUUCAUCCCCUCCUAUCCUCGUCUGUUCUUCUCUUGCAGACAGGCAAGAGAAAGAGAGUUUUUCCACAGCUUGUGUUAGUACGAACCCCGAUUAACAGCAGCCAUGGGUGAAAUGGAGCAGAUGAAAAAGGAGGCCGAAGCCCUGAAGACACAGAUUGAGGCAGCUCGUAAAGCAGUACACGACACAGACAUGGCCUCUGCCGCUGCCGGGGUGGCUCCGGCCCCUCAGGUCCAACUCAAGACCAGGAGGACCCUCAAAGGCCAUCUGGCCAAAAUCUAUGCCAUGCACUGGAGUACAGACAACAGGCUAAUGGUCAGUGCAUCACAGGAUGGCAAACUUCUCAUCUGGGAUUCUCACACUGGAAAUAAGGUCAAUGCUGUUCCCCUCAAGUCCUCAUGGGUGAUGACCUGUGCAUAUGCUCCUUCUGGAAACCUUGUGGCCAGCGGUGGUCUCGACAACAUGUGUACAGUCUACAACUUAAAGACACCUGUAAUCAAGACCGUGAAGGAAUUGGAUGCUCAUACAGGUUACUUGUCCUGCGCACGCUUCCUCAGUGACACAGAGAUUCUAACCUCCUCUGGUGAUACCACAUGUGCAUUGUGGGAUUUGGAGACUGGAAAGCAGAAGACUGUUUUCCUGAACCAUGUUGGCGAUUGCAUGUGUCUGUCUCUGUCUCCGGACAUGAACACCUUUGUUUCUGGUGCUUGCGACUCUCUGGCCAAGCUGUGGGAUGUCAGGGAUGGCCAGUGCAAGCAAACCUUCCAGGGUCACACGAGUGACAUCAAUGCCAUUUCAUUCAUCCCUAGUGGAAAUGCAAUUAUCACUGGCUCGGAUGACUGCACAUGCAAAAUGUAUGAUAUUCGUGCCGAUCAAGAAGUGAUCUGUUACCAGGAUGCUGCACUGAACAGUGGUGUAACAUCACUGGCUCUAUCUACGUCUGGCCGCCUCAUCUUUGCUGGCUACGACGACUUCAACUGCAAUAUUUGGGACUCACUAAAGGGCGAGAAAGUGGGUGUGUUGUCUGGCCAUGACAACAGGGUGAGCUGCACUGGAGUACCAGAAGAUGGCAUGUGUGUUUGCACUGGCUCAUGGGACAGCUUCUUGAAGAUCUGGAACUGAGUUGGACCCUGAGACAAGAUGAGAUGAGAAUGAAUAUGAGAAUGAGAAUGAGAAAGAAAGGAUGAGUAAAUGUUGAGAGAGAGGAUGAGAAAUGAUCCAUUUCCAAGCAAAAAAGAAUCUCACACACAAAACAUGCAAUGGUCCACCUGUAUGUGUGGGAUUUCUGGAAGAUUGCAUUUCAUUAGUAUAAAUGCAAUAUUUAAUUAUAAAAAUCUAAGUUGCAACUAACACAGGACUGCAUUAAUGUUAUCAUCACAUGGCAAUCUCACGACAACGAUUCUUUGAUUUGAAAUUAGUGUUUUUGACUGCUUAAAAACAAAAGAAAAUGAAUAAUCAUUUAAGAAUUUUAAAUAUAUUACACUUCUUUUUGUCAAAUAAAAAUCCUUCUCAUUAGAUAAAGGUUUUUAUUUAUUACAAAUGACAAUAGACUGCAGAAGAAAAUGUACAGUGACUUUUCCCAACAACCACACACUGUCUGAGAUCUGAUAUUACGGCUCUUUGAUGAUAGUAACAACUUUAACUGGCACACAGUUGGAUUUUGAUUCCCAAAGCCCUCAAAAUUACAAAAUAUAUUAAAAGAUUAAAUGUCUAUGUUUACUUCUUUCAUCUUUUUGUAGGAAUUUCACAUACAAAUUGCAGUGGUUACUUGAAUACCUUUCUAAUAAACAUAGUGUUCUGCAUUAAACAAUA